UCAGACCAGGGGCUUGAGCUCGACGAUGCGAGUCCCAAUCAACACCAAGACUGACGGUCCGUUGCAUCAGAAAAUCUUCACUGUUGGAGGCUCUUUGUUACCAAGAAGUACCGAAGCGACACCCAACAAAGCAACAGAGGCCAAACUGUUUGAAGCUAAACUUUUGGUUGACAACUCACUACCUAUGUCCGACUUGGAUAUAUACAAGAUUUUGCAGAACGAAGUUCCUAAUUUACCUGCAGUAUAUUGGCAAACCUUGAACAACAAUUUUCCCGCCAUGAAUAAUACUUGUGCCAAGUUCCCAUCCCUCGUCAAUUUAAGAUUUAAUAAUGUGUACUGGCAAACGAUGGAGACAUCAAAUGGAAGUUUUUACCUGUAUGGAGCGUACUAUGAUAAUAGAACCUUAGAAGAGAAAGCACCUGUGGUGAGGAUACUUGGAAUGAUAAACAGACUUGAACCACAAGUAAAAACAACUUGUCAGCUGUGGUUUAAGAGUUAUAAAGUCCCUGUUUUUGCAACAGUUCAUGAGUACAAGUAUGUGUGGAGAAAACAGUGGGGGAAUCCAAAGAAUGGACAACUCCAGCCUUACCUGAUGUCGUGCCAAAUUCCAAUUGAAUACCGCCAUCUUGUGCCCGAAUCGGUGUCACUCGUCGAAAAUCCUUGCGAUAUGGCCGUCAUUAAUUUGAGAGUAAUUAACAACGUACCUGAACAUGGAGAGAAAAAAGAAUUUGCCGUUUGUGUAAAGGGUCUGGAUUACCUACACGCAGAUCUAAGUGUGAGGCUCGUGGAGUGGCUCGAAACUUUACAUUACCUUGGUGCCGAUAAGAUAUUCCUUUACGAACUUGAGGUUCAUCCAAACAUAUCUAAAGUUUUGAAUUACUACAAACAACGUGGUUUGGUGGACGUAACUCCAAUCACUCUGCCGGCCUACCAACCCAACAUCAAGAGGCUACUACACAUUUAUUUUAAAAUGAAAGUCUUAAACCAAUGGCAAAACGAGCUUAUUCCUUACAACGACUGUCUGUACAAGAACAUGCACAUGUAUAAGUACAUAACUCUGCUUGACAUUGACGAGGUUAUUAUGCCCAAAGGGGACAAUAUUUUAUGGAAGGACCUCAUUGACAACAUUUCCAAAAAAGUACCGAAAGGAAAAAAUUUAGAACUUGCAUCAUACAUAUUUCGCAAUGUCCAUUAUUUUUCUAAUCCAUGUAAUGACGAGAUAAGUAACAGUCAAUUCAUCGAUAUACCUCCCUACAUGUACAUGUUCCAACAUAUUUACCGAGCAAGGAACUACUCGCUGCCUGGUUAUGCCAUCAAGUCAUUCCACAAUACUGAUCGGGUGCUGACUUUGCACAAUCACUUUCCAUUGGCUUGCAUAGGUGGGGCAUGUUCAUUUUACAACGUAGUGACUGAAGACGCACAACUGCAACACUAUCGCCCACCCAGCCAAGAAAAAUCUCAAAAAUGGUGCGAUAAUUACACGAAUUUCACCGUGCUUGACGACGCUAUCUGGAGGCAUAAAGACCCAAUCAUACCAAGAGUUAAUGAAGCCCUUCGUUACUUGGGGUUCUUCUCCUAAGCAUAUAUUGAUUUCUGUGCGGGGCUACACGGGUCGCCUGCCGAAGACCACAACUGCCCUGGAUG